CCCCAACUCCCAUAAUGCAACUGGGCAUACACAGAUCCAAGGAUAGCUCCCCUCUUCAUGGUUCAGCAGCUCAUCACCACUGGGCUGCAGAUCUACUCCAAGAGAAAUGGCAGCAGCCUUGUCCCGUGCGCUCAAACUACCAGGGAAAAAGGGCUCAGAGCUGGGUGAGUACGACCCCCUCACCCAAGCAGACAGCGAGGACGAAAGCGAAGAGGAUGACCUCGUCCUCAACUACCCCCGAAACGGUCUGUCCCGGGAUGCAUUCCACAGCGGCGGUUCCGCAAAGCUGCGGGGAGGUCGAUCCGGCCGACUCGUGGCUGCUGGAGACGAGGCGCAGGAAGACGAGGACGAUUGGCGAGAACGGCUUACCAGCAAAUCACAGCAGGAUAGAGACGAUGUGAAAGGCGGGCAGUACUGGAGCCCAUCGAGGGAUGACAGGGAGCAGCUGGGGGGAUCCGGAUUGAGGGUUCAUGGGACUGAUGAGGAAGAGAAGAGGAUGAGGAGGAAGAAUACUGUGCGGGCAUCCUUUUUUCUGCUGCCUCUGGUCUGCGCCAUGCUUCUCGUGCUGCUUUGUGCUUUCCUCAUUCCCUGUCAGAAGGGAGCACUGGCAAAGAGGCUGCAAUGGGAGAGAGCACUAGGGGAUGCAGGAGGUGUAACUCCACCGGCACUGGCAUUAUGGGAUGUUAACGGUGAUUCAGUGAAUGAUGUGCUUCUCAGUGUCUCCGAGUUGACCAAUGACACACAUCCAACACAAGGAAACAAAAUUUACAGUGCCGUGGUCCUGUGUGGUGCUAGUGGGCAGCUGCUAUGGAGGAAAGUCAUGUGGGAACCAGUCAUGUACAUCCAGUGUGGACUAAAGAUUAGCACUAAACCAUUACCCGUGUGUCUCCUCAUUGGGAAGUCUACCAUUAUGGCUGUUAAUGGCACCACAGGGGAGAAUUUGUGGUCCGUGCUACUGAGGAACAUUGAAUCCCAGGCGGUGUUAGUCCCAGAUCUCCAGGGAGACUCAAUCCCAGAUCUGCUUAUAGCCACCCUGCCUGCUGAUGAGUCUCUGGAUCUGUCACUGACUUUAAUUUCUGGGCUGACUGGAGCCAUACUCGGUCAUUCGGUGUCAUUCAACCUCACUGGACAAGGGAAACUGAUUGGUCCUCUUUUGCACGAAACGCAACUGGGGGCACCCUACAUUCUGUUUGGCUUAGGUAAUGUUGUGGCUAUCUCACUGCGGGAUAUCUUCCGCCGUGCAACGGGUAAGCUACCAAUGACUGCCGCUCUAAGACGAAAAGAUCCUGGAUGGGAGGGAAUGAAGAAAACAAAUUCCUCUUCCUUUAUACACAUUGUCAGAGGGUCUGACCGUGUGGACUUCUUGCUACCCCUAGUGGCUGGUUUUGGCACCAGCCAUAACAACCUGGACACAGUCUCCAACCUGAAUUCCAGUAAAAGUGAUUUGGUGUUAGUGUAUGGCUUCAGUAAGAUCUCUUUGCUCAGACAGAAGGAUGUACACAAACAGUGGACCUUUAACUCUGCCCUCAUACGCAGCCAACCAACUCCGGGACACUUCAAUGAUGACGGAAUCCUCGAUCUUUUCUUUCAGCACUCGGCAAAUGGCAUCAUGAAGGCCCAGGUAGUUGAUGGGGCAAAUGGUCAUCUCGUCUGGACAGCACAGUUUGCGUGCCCCCAUCUGGUUUUGGAAACGGCAGCCAUCUCCACUUCGACUGGCCAAUCGGUUUUUGUUUUCUGGGCCAGUGAGCCAAUCAGAGAAGAGAGGAAUAUCACCAAGGCAACUGUGGCUCCAGGUGUUGCAGCAGCAGAACCAGUCAUCAGAAAGUUAUUCUUGUUGCACCCUGCUUAUCCCACAAUCCUGCUGGAGCUGGCCAGUACAACUGAUACUGCGGUCGCGGCUGCAGUGAGUUACGAGGAGCGCCAGAAAGACGCUACCUACAUCACCGUAUCCUCAAGGCCGACACCCGACUCAGCCCCCGGCGCUCGCAUCGUGAAAAGCAUGAGGCUCCGCGCGGCCAUCGCUAAAGGGCAAAUAGUUCCAUUAGGCCAAAGUAACAAAACUGGGACGGAUCUAAAACCUGACAUGUUUGAGCUCAACAUGUUUUACGGACACCUUUUCUUCAAACAACAGUAAAUUGCUGCUUUUCUAUCAUCCUGCGACCUGCGUCUCAAGAAAAGGUACGAAUGGAUCACAUUGCACAAAGAUGGCUUCAUUUGAAGGUGUUUACAUUUCAUCAGUCUUAAUUAGUAUUUCAUUUCUGUUAAUUAAAUGUGAAAUUUGUUGCUUUUUUUAGUCCUGGUAUUAUUUAUUUUGUGUAUACAAAUACCUCUAUUUAUUUAAAUGGAAUUUUAGGAUGUUUAUACCAUUUUAUUGAAUGUCUCAUGUUUGUUUUCACGUAUCACAGCACUUUUUAAUGAAAGGAGGUGUAAAUGUUUUACUUUAUACUUAUGAAUCUUCCAUGGCCAGUGUGAUACAGUAUAUGAUAAAAUCACAAUGAAUCACUAGUCGUCUCUUUAAAUGAUAAUUUAGUGUCUAAAUAUUGAUUGCUGCACAGUGUUUCUCGAUUUAAUGAAUUAUGUUUUACAUUUGUAUUAAGAUAUGUGUGUAUUUUUUUUUCACUUGGCUGCUCUCAAGUAUAUUUUAUUGUAAGGUGCAAUUUCCUGUAUUACAAUUGUAAAAAUGAAUUCUUUGUCCAACA